UGUUUAUUCUGUCGACAAUCUAACAGACUUUUUAUCUCAAGGCUGACUAGUAAAAAAAUAAAUCACGUCAAUUGCUAUGGUGGCAGCCGUCUUGAAGAGAAAGAGGAACGCCGCAGGAGAUGCACCGUCCAAUAAAAAAAGACAAAGAUCCGAAGACACGGAUAUCUCAUACGCUAACGACAAUGCUCAGGACACCCUAAACGCCCCCAUGGACUUGGACUUGGACUGGUUAGAGGAAGAGGACGAGGAAGAGGAAGUGGGCUCAGAGGAAGAGGAGGAAGAUGAAUGGAACGGACUUGGAGACUCUGGUACUGACGCCCCGAUAUCUGGGCCCAGUGGCGGUGGAGGAAAACCGAAGAAACCACCGACGGGCGAGGAAGUUCGAGCGAUCAAGGAGGCCACUGACCUCUACAAGUCGAAUACCUUCAAGCUUAGAAUCGAUGCUCUCCUCCCUACCAUUCGCCCAAAACAAUCCCGAACAGCACCUCUCGAACGCUUCCUCCUCGAGCUCCACACGUUUCUCUCCUCCCUUCCUUCCGUCGCCCCACAACUCCCACACGAAGCAGCUCGCUCCGUCGUCACACCCUCCUCCUCCAUAUCUGCCUCAACAUCAAAAGACACUAAAGGCAAAUCAAAAUCAAAAGCCCGAAAAUCCACCGAGCAAGGAAACGCACAGAACGUCACUGAAGCUAUCACCGUUGCUGUACCAUUCCCUCUGCCCAUGCCACCAGCGGACGCAGCGUACAAACUUGCGUUUGAACCCCCGUCAAAUAUCGUUCUCACGGGCUCCUGGGCGACGAAGACAGGGGUGAAGGCGAAGGACAAGAAGCCUUGGACGGUGGAUGUGGCACUUGAGAUGCCCGCUGAUUUAUUCCAAGAGAAAGACUACUUGAAUGGUCGAUUCUUCCAUAAACGUGCUUACUACCUCGCCGUCAUCGCACGCCACAUCGUCGACUCUGCCUCCUCCUCGAAGAAAGAUAGGCUGAACGUAGACGUGUGUUACGAGUCUACGAACGGUGAUCCACGUCAUACUACAUUAAUCCUGCGUCCCGGAGCCGAUGGCUCUCCGACAGACUUCACGUCUUUGAAUGCCCAAGUCCGACUCUUCCCCUUCCUCCCCGCGACGAACCCCAUGUCGGCCAUCCUCUCCCGUCUUGCACCAACCCGAAGCAACCUCCGCAUCACCCCGAACCCAAAUUCCACCCCAGCCGUCGACGCCACUGUACCAGCCCACCUUCCCACACCGCUCUACAACUCUGCCCUUCUACUGUCAUACACCCCCAAAGAACACCUCCUCAAGAACCACGAACUGACAAAAGAGGUGUCUGGGUUUAUGGACGGGAUCGCGCUCCUGAGGGUGUGGGCGAACCAGAGAGGGUAUGAUGGUGGUGCCUCUUCUCCUGUGAAAACGAUCAAAAAGGACGGCAGUGGUACGGGUGUAGAAAAUGACGCGAUGUGCGUGCUCGGUUUCGCAGGCAGGGGCGCUUGGUGGGCUGCGCUUGUCCAGGGAAUCGCGAGUGGGUUCGAUGUAGUUAGGGUGGAUAAGGAUGGGAAAGUGAAAGGAGGAAAAGGAGGCGGAGCGUUUGGAGGGAAGGGGAGGGCGAUGGGGAGAGGAUUGAGUUCGUAUCAGCUGUUCAAGGCUGCCUUGGAUUUUCUUGCAAGGUGGGAUGUCCAGAAGGAGAUGGUGUUCGUAAAAGGUGGCUCUGGGCAUCGGUUCCAGCCAGAGGAGUAUGCCAUUCACUUAUCAGUUGGGCCUGUCUUUGUGGACUCGUCGAGUUAUGUCAACUUGCUGGCCGGUGUACCUCUUUCGUCGCUUGAGAUGUUGAAACACGAUGCCAAAGUCACGCUUCACGCUUUGGACAGCGGCUUGGCGCAGAACGAUUCCUUCCCAGAGGUUUUCCUUAAAGACCACAGGGAUCUGGCCAGCCGCUUUGACGCCGUCAUCCGCGUGGAUCUCUCCGCCGUCAAGGUUCGGAAGCCAUCGUUGCAUUCGACCCUGGAGCAUGGAUCGCAUUCGGCAGCUCUUUUAUCCUCUAUCUCAUCGUACCUUCACCGUGCCCUCGAUCAACGUAUUCGUGCCCUCGCCAUUCUCACCCCUUCAUCCGAAUCACCCACCCAACUCCGCGACCUCUCAGCCGCUCAGCCCACAACUCCUACGACCAUCACCAUUGGCCUCAUCUUCAACACCGAACAUGCCUUCCGGCUAGUCGACCACGGACCUGCUCUCUCUUCCACUGACGAAUCCAUCACCGAUGCAAACACCCAAGAAAAAACACCAGCCCAGAAUGAAAUCGACGAAUUCCGCGAUUUCUGGGGCGACAAGUCUGAGCUCAGACGGUUCAAAGACGGCCGUAUCGUCGAGUCCGUGGUCUGGGAGAUCAAGACCGCAGACGACAAAGCCCACAUACCAACGCGCAUCGUCCGACACAUUCUAUCGCUCCACUUCGGAAUCACAGAGUCAUCGCAUAUCCAGACCUCGCAGAGCGAUUUCGACUCGAUACUGAGGUUGCCAGAGUCGGUCUCCACCACGUACGCGGCGAUGGGGAUGACGGCUGGUUCUAAGGCCGUAAGCGCGGCGCUAGACGACUUUGUCAAGGUGCUGAAAGGGAUGGACGACCAGCUCGUGCUUUCGGUGCUGAACGUCUCGCCGAUAUCGGAGUAUCUACGCCAUACGAGCGCAUUCGUGCCCAUCGCUUUGCCGCCUGCUGCGUUGAUGGCGAAUUCGGGGAAAGUGAAGGAGUGCAUGAGCUAUGUGCCGACAGUAGAGGUCGUUGUCGAGUUCGAGAAGAGCGCGAGGUGGCCGGAUGAGUUGAGGGCGAUACAGAAGAUGAAGCUUGCGUUUUUUGAGACGAUGGCAAAUGGUCUCAUGGGGAACGUGAAGGGGAGUGUGGCGAGAGUUAUCGUUGGUGAUGGUUCCGGUAACGGAGGCACGGAAGGAGGGAUAGUAGAUGAGGCGAGGCUGGAGGUGGUGUUGAAGGAGGGGUGGUGUUUCGUGUUCAGGAUCUGGCAUGAUCGCGAGGCGCUGCUCCUGGACCGGAUCAUCCACGAUCGUGAACCACCAGCGUUGAAGAAGUUGCAAGGACCACAAGACGAGGCGGAGAAAGCGCGGUUGGUCAGAGAAGCGACGGAGGCGAGGGAAGUCUAUACCAGGAGGUUCGUUCAUGCACCGAGACACCAUAGAGCCGUCAUGGCGCUUUGUCAUAGGUUCUCCGCGUAUCCUGGGACGGUGAGGUUGGUGAAGAGGUGGCUGGCGGCGCAUUGGCUGCUACGAUGCCAUAUCAGCGAAGAGGCGGUCGAAAUUCUUUGCGCUAGUGUUUUUCUUGGGGUCGGGUCUCCCUCAGCGAAAGAAGCCGACGAUGUGCCGGGGAGUAGGGAGAGAGGCUUCGCCAGGGUUGUGAGGCUGUUGAUGGAGUGGGAGUGGGAGACUGGCCCGCUUGAGGUGUCUAUAUACGAGGAGGGGACCGAGGCGGGUGACGGGGGCGUUCUAGGGAAAGGCGUCACCAAGGGAGUCUGGAGGUUGAACACGGCGUUUGAUGUGGACGGGAAGAUGUGGACCGCUCAUGAGCCGGACUUGGUGUCUGCACUGAGGGUUAGACAAAUAGCGAAGGCGACGUGGGAUCGGUUGAGGGCAAUGGAGUCGGGGCCAUUAGACGUGAAGGCACUAUUUGUUCACCCUACGGACGAUUACGACUUCAUCGUUCAACUUGACCCGGCCGUCCUUCCUCGAUAUUUCCAGAACGUAGCCGCAGACCCGAAUAUCUGGGGCCACAAAGGCCGGUACGCCAAUCUUACGAUCCAGGAUGAUGUCAAACGGCCACUACGACCGGGUUUUGACCCCGUGCAGAUGUUCGCCGAUGAUCUCAAGCGCGUCUACGAGCACACCUUGAAGAUCUUCCAUGAUCCGUUGGGUGGCGAUCGCAUUGGAGCAGUGUGGGAGCCAAAACUGAAAGAGGCUCAUCCGUUCAAGGUCAUGAGCCAUUUUUCAAGCCGUCCUGUCCCAAAAGGUGGCGAAAAGGCAAAGAAUUCCAACCAUUGGGAAGUGGUCGUCAAUGAGGCUGGAGUGCUAACGGAAAUCGCGAGGAUGGGCGCUGGUCUGGUUCUGAAUGAAUGAAGGUGUCGCUCUUUGGUUGUUGCUGUAUGCUAUUUGCUUUCAGUGGUCGCACAUCAUCCUCCUCUGCUGUCUAGUAUCAUUAUUUGCAUCUCCCAGAUGAUCGUCGCAAUCAUAUGUGGCACAUAUUUCUGCGUAGUGAACCGCCCGUCUUCCGUUUUAAUAGUUAUGCU